AUGCAAGUAACAGGAUCAGGAUCAGAUGAUGUUGGUGUAUUUACAAUCGAUGGAAUUUAUUCAUUUGAAACAAACCGAAUAGGUAUGACAAAAACAUAUCAAUUAGGUACAGGCGAUCGAUCAGAAAACUUAGGUCAUCAAGUCACAAUUCAAUUAGCAUGGAACGCUCGAAAUCGUCAAUUCGAAGGUAUCAGAUGUGCUCAAAGUCAUCAUUUGUGUAUGGACUGUUCAAAAUCUAUGGUUUCAUUAUUUCUUGCUGAACCAAAAACAAAUCUUCCACCAAAAUGCAUGAUAUGUAAAGUAGCACUUAAUUCAUCAGUAUUUGAGCGACAGCUUUCACCACAAGAUUAUGAAAGAUAUACAAGGAUAAUGUUGAGUCUUUUAUGGUACAAAGAUUGUAUGAAAGAUAAUGAAGAACUUGUUCAUUGUGGAUUUUGCUCAUAUACAGAAAUUCAAGUUAAAUCGUUUGGUUCUCAGUUUAUGUUUUGUAAACACAAAGGCUGUAAAAAAGUUUCAUGUCUCGUUUGUUUACAUGAAGUACCAAAACUAGCAGAAGAUUAUGAUGCAGAUGAGGAUGAUGAAUACGAAGAAAAUAUGGAAAAGAUUGAAAAACAUUUUAAAUGUGCAGAACUUAAAGAAUCAAAGAAUAUUUUUGAUAAAGCUAUGGAAAAUGGACAACAAGUAGCUUGUCCUGUUUGUGGCUUAGCUGGAAUGAAGGAUGAUGCAUGUACACACAUGACAUGUCCUGAUUGUCAAACAGUUUGGUGUUAUUUUUGUGGUCUUGCAGAAUCAGCUUGUGAUAAAAGUGAAGACGAUGAUGAUUUAGAUGAAACAGCAGCCGCUAUAUAUCGGCAUAAUACUGAUUGGGAAAUAAAUCCACAACGUUGUCCAAUGUAUCUUACUGCUCUUCAAGAUAUUGAUAAAAGUUGGUCAAAUGAUGAACAUGAAUGUCUUGAAAAGUUUCAUAGAAUCCGUUCACUUAAAUAUCUUCAUCAAGCAUAUGAACAAUUAGGAGCAAAUGUAUUUGAACAACUUGAAAAACAAUUUGGCAUUAUUAGUACAUGUGGUUUUACAUUAGACGAUAUUAAAGAUGGCGAUUUACAACUAAUUGAUUAUGGUUUGUUAAAUGAAAUAUAA